CCUCACAACCAGCGCAAAUCAAACACAACACUACACUCCCUCCUCAUCAGAGCUCGAUCCGCAGAGAGAGAAGCCUCUGACUGACUUGCGAAGAUGCCGUCGUACCUAGCGAUGAAGACGGGCAGCGCGUCGGAGGCGGCGCAGGCGCUGCUGCAGUCCGACCUGCAGGAGCUGGGCAUGGCGGCGAGGAAGUUCGCCAACCACGCGAUGGCCCUCGACGACCAAGGGGGCCUCGGCCUCGGCCUCCUCGGCUCCAUCUUCAAAUGGCUCGCCUUCGCCGCCGCAGUAUACCUCCUGAUAUUGGACCGGACAAACUGGAAGACCAAGAUGCUGACGGGCCUCCUGAUUCCUUACAUUUUCUUCACCCUGCCUGGCGUGCUGUUUAAUCUCAUCAGGGGAGAGAUCGGUGCCUGGAUCGCAUUCGUUGCUGUCAUCGUGCAGCUCUUCUUCCCAAAGCACUUCCGCGAUUAUCUGGAGAUGCCCGCCGCUCUGAUCCUGCUCACGGUGGUCGCCCCCAGCCUGAUCGCGGACACCUUCAGGAACGACUUCGUCGGCGUCGGCAUAUGCCUCGUCAUUGGCUGCUACCUGCUUCAGGAGCACAUCAGGGCCUCAGGUGGCUUCAAGCCGGCCUUCAGCAGGGCCAAUGGCGUGUCCAACUCCAUCGGCAUCGCACUGCUCUUCAUCUACCCAGUCUGGGCCUUGAUUACCAUGAUCUUCUAGAGCAGUUAUCACCAUCAGUUCGGCCCGUCGAUGGUCCAGUUCCGUCUGUUGUUUUAUGAUGAUUCCUCGUGCGUGUUUCCCGCGUUGAUUUGGUACGAUCGUCCCGAGCAGAUGAACCGGAUGUGGUGUUGUAUACAACCUGUUGAUGAACGCUUUCGGACAUGUUUCGUUUCGUUGCUGUUUUGGUGACGUGGCCUUGUUUCCUCACUUUCUGCGUACAUAGCCAUCAAUAAAAACACUAUCUGUUGGUUGGUGUCGUAGUAAAA